GGCUCUCCUUCCGGGAGACCUCUAUGGUUAACAAAAACCCCGGAUAUCCAUCAUAGGCCGCGAUUCCCACAGAAAUAUAUUUAUAUAUCUCCUAUCGACGCACAGCGGCGCCGCUCUAGGCCUUCACGUGUCUAUGAUGGAACAGCCGCCUAGUCAACUGAAGAGAUAAAUUUAGAGGCCCACACGGCCAACACUUCCGGUGGCAUUACUUCCGGUAACAAUGGACAGCUAUGACGGGCAAAUGCGUCGCUCUAGCCCUCGCCCUCUCUAUAGUGAAACCCUCAAUAACUUUUGAAUCGGAGCUUUUCUUUUUAGUUUUAGCCCAACAGGGACUCUGUGGCCACUUCCUUAUCAAUUUCCUCUCACCGACGAAACCUCCGUAUGGAAACCAUUCGACGACAACAAAAAUGGCCCCCAGCUCAGGCCCGUCCCUUGGCGAUCCCUGAUUGGCUGCCAGCAAAUGAUGCCGCGACGAGGGAGCGACGGACACAUCGCCCUCAGCCAAGAUGGCGGCCAGAGAGAAGCGGCGCCCUCAAACAAAAUGGCGGCUAGCGAGAAGCGGCGCCCGUCCCCGGCGGCGGCGGGAAGCGACCUGGCCCGGCCGGCCCUUUCGGCGAACGGCGCCGCGGAGAGCGAGGCGGAGUUUUUGCUACACGCCGGCGUGACGGACAUGGUCCGCGAGGCCCUCCUGAAGGUGCUGGAGACGCGGCCGGAGGAGCCCAUCGACUUCCUGGCUGGGUAUUUCGAGAACCUGAUGCAGAGCAGCCCUGAGGCGGAGGCGGCGGAGGCCUCCUUGCCCGCGGCCGACGGAGUGGCGGACUCGCAGCGGCUGCUCCAGAUGCGCCUCGACCGGGCCUUGUGGUACUUGAGCCUGGCCCACCAUUCCCACAGUAGGACCGCCUUUAACAACAAUGUGAGCAUGGCGUAUGAGUCCCUGGCCACCAGCAGGAGGCGCAAGAAGCCUGGUGUCAACGGGAAGCUCUACAGUGAGCUGCUGCAGCUGAUCUGCCAGGCCAAAGGCACCCCGGAAGAGGUUGCGCUGCCCCUCCUGCAGAAGGUCGCCUGCCGAGACCACGAGGCCGUGCCAUUUGACAUCUUCCGCUAUGGGGCCCUCACUUGCCUGGUCCUCCUUGAGUUCUUGGCGAAGGCGAACAUGCUCUUUGACGCGCUGGAUGGCGGCUCCGGCUCAGCAGAUAAGCACAUAUGCAUGGCAGUCCUUGGAGCUCUAGAAGAUGCUCUCCGCACCACCAACGUCACUGUUCCCAUUCGUUAUUUGGAGGCUGGGUCCAAACUUGGGCCCGACAGCUUGGCUUUAGCCAUGGACCAGGCAUUGGCCAAGCAGAAAUCCGGCGUGGCCAUGAAGAAGGAAGAGUUCCUCCAGAGAGCUUCGGCCAUCUUUGUUGCGAGAGUGAAACCUGUUGACUGAACUCUAAGUGAGAAUGCAAACGUUACCUGAUCAAAAUCUUCAUCUGGGAUGGAGAGACAGACAGUACCUACUUCAUGUUUUUGGAGUUUGUGGGUAGGCAAGGGAGAGAAAUCAAUAUAUGGCCCAAUAUAUGCCUGUUGCUUUCAGUAGAACUACUUCUGCAUAACUGCAUAACUGAUGUCAAAACUGCUGCUGGGCUGCGUAUGUUGGUUAAGUAGAUCUUAUGGCAAAUACUGGAUGGGUUUGAAGGAUUAUGGAGGUAUUUAAAUUUGGUUAUUAAUACUGCAAAUUGUCUGGGAUAUUUAUUUAUUUAUUAAGUUACACCACAUGAGUCAUUUGUCUUUCACUAGGAAAUCAUCCUUCCUUCCAGUCCAAGAAGUGUUAAAUGGGUGUGGAAGAGGGAACACCCCUCUUUCCCUCUUGUCUGCUUUCAUUCUCUGCUGGAGUGUAUUGCAGGGCCAACCGUGUCCAGAGUUUUGACUUUUAGAUGUAACAAUGUCCCCCUUUCAGUCUUCUCCAGAAAUCGGGGGUCUCUUGAGAUACAGAUAUAAUCAGAUUUCUGUGUGGUAAUGAAGCGUAUCAACCAUUUGGGAGUACAGUUCAGGGUCCAGGUUUUAAGGGAAAGAGUAAUUGAUUUAUAUGCCACCCGUUGCACAGACUGGUUCACAAUAAGAGCAUGUAAAUGAGAAUAUAUAAAAUCUAUUAAAACACAGAAAAUAACACAUCACUGUAAGACAUUUAUUACAUUUAUACCCCGCCAUUCUUUUCAUGAUAGAAACUCAAGGCGGCUUACAUAUGGUUCUCAGGCGGUCUCCCACUGACCCAGACCUGACCCUGCUUAGCUUCAGCAGGGUGCUGGCCUCACGUGCCUUCAGACCAUAGCCUGGGAUCUCAGUAGAGAGAGAAUUCCACAUGCAGGGAGACACCCCUCUACCCGGGCCCUGUUUCCAAGAGAGGUCACCAGGAGGGUUUUAUUUGCUGAUCUUAAAACUGAGCAAAUUUGUAGCAGCAAAACGGGCAGCCCAACAUCUGCGUGCAUGACUGUGUAUGUAUCUAUAUUGAAAGCAGAGAAUCACAGGCCUGGGGGCUAAAUGCAGCCCUCUGGCCCUCUAUUUUUUCUCCAGACCAUACCCCUCCCUGAGUGCUUUUGCCAGCUGGGCUCCUGUUGUUUAUUUAUUGGAUUCCCUACGUUCACCAUUCAAGGUCCCAGGACAGGUUACAACAAUAUAAAAUUAUACAAUACAAUAUUAAAAAUCUUUGUGUAUACCUGUGUGUGCAUGCAGCCAUGGAUGUAUCAUGUAUGUAUGGACACUCUAUAUAUAUAUAUAAACCUCUGUAAGUGGAGUAUGUGCACUGUAUACAUUGUUACAUGUUGUUGUCGUAGAAUCAUAGAGUUGGAAGGGGCCUAUAAGGCCACUGAGCCCAACCCCCUGCUCAGUGCGGGAAUCCAAAUAUGUUGUUGUUAGUGGUGUCAAGGUGUUGGACUAUGACUUGGGAAAUGGAUGUUCAAGUCCCCACUCAGCCGUGAAGCUCACUGGGUGGCCGUUGGGGCCAGUCACCAACUCUCAGAGUAACCUACCUCACAGGGUCGUUGUGCAGAUAAAAAAGAGAGGGGGAUAAGUGUGUACACCACCUUGAGCUCCUUGGAUGAUGUGACUGCAUAUUUUAUCCUUUACAUUUUAUUAUCUGUGUUUUAUUAAAUAUAAAUGUUAUUAAUCCGUCAAUCUAAUUUAUCUAAAAUAUGUUUUAUGAUGUGCGUGAUAUAUAAAUAUCACACACAUACUUAUAUAGUUUGUGUGCAUACAUCUAUCUAUAUACACGCACUAUACUAUGUGUGUGUGUGUAUAUACACACAAAUAAACAUCCGUUUCUU